CUCAUUUUUGUGAUACAUUUGGCUUUGGAAGACAAGUUUCCAACUCCAAGAUCCAAGUUCAUGUUCAAUACCCACGUCUCUAUUACCAAACCCAAAACAUUUACCAAUGAGAGCUACUGUUCUCUUCUCUGACUGCUAGGUCUAUUCUUAACGCCCCCAAUAAAUCAGGGUUGCCUACUUGAACCUCACUUCUGUGACUGAGUUACAGAUUCUGAAAUAUAAAAUGGACGCACAAGGCGUCGCAUAUCUACUCCUUCACACCCUUACAAGGAUCUAUUUACCCACGACUGCAAUAGCAACAAGGUUUCCAAACACUGAGGUCUGUGCUCAUUUCCAGUACCCCACCCUACUCAGCCACUGGUUUUCUCACCCUUGCAAUGACCCAGACAAUCUGUGGUGUCUUUUGUGGGAACAGUAGCAUCAUCUUUUAUUUAAUCUAAACAUACCAAAUCCCCAGUAAAAUGGAGUCUGAAAAUAGUCAGAGAUGAAAGAGAAAAGUCUAGAUUGUGUGUCCUUAGAAGCAUGCAUUUCUAGUCAUCCUCAGACACGAAUUCCCACCAACUCCUCCCACUCUUGGUGUCCUGAAGUUCAGAAUGGCCCUAUUUCCAGGCAAGGAUUCGCCCUUUGUGUCAUUUCAGUCAAGGAAUCAACAGAAGACUCGGUGGGGAUCCUCUCUGGAGACAACUGAUUUAUGUGACGCACUCUUCUCCAUCCGCUCUCCUCCUGAGGUUCUAGAAGCCAAUUCAGCCAGUACUCAAUCUGGUUAUACAUCAUUUAUCUUUUGUAAUAACACACACGUGAACUUGGGGGUUGACUUAAAAGCUCAGACAUAUGCAUUAUGGCUGGGAAACUGUAUCAGUACUUUUGGAAUAUUCUUUUGUGUUUUGAUGCAUGGGAAACUUUGGGUAUGUAGUCUGAAAUUCUUCAUCUUCCAUGUUCCUCACUCUUUCUGAGAAUUCUGGCCCAUGCUUGAGUACAUUCUGGAUUGAGAGAGCCUGUCUGAGAAUGCUUCAGGGUAGAUGGACACAAGGUGGACUCUGAAGCCUCACAGAAGGACACAGUGGGUCACUGACUGUGGGUUGCCCUGCCUCAGGGCCAGUGUCAGCCAGCCCCAUGCACACUUCCCUCCUCCUCUGCUCGUGGCCUGUGACAUCACUGGCUACUCCCAGAAAGCUGCCCUCUGCUCCUGUGAACAGGCUCUGUGAAGCUCUGGACCCCCUGGAAGGACAGAAGCAGAAGCAGAGUGGAGGCUGUUACGAGACCAGACCACCAGCAACCCCUGGAGCCUGCACAGGACCCUGAGACCUUUUCCUGGAAUUCCCACCUCUUUUCCUCCACCCAGAACCAGCCCCAAAGAAAAACUUCUAGGAGGAGCACCCCUUUGCAGCUUGCCAGUUGGCUUUCUGUCCUUCUGUGAGGAAUACCAGUGUGAAGCAUGCAGCAGGACGGUCUCAGCAGUGUGAAUCAGCUGGGGGGACUCUUUGUGAAUGGCCGGCCCCUUCCACUGGACACCCGACAGCAGAUUGUGCAGCUAGCGAUAAGAGGGAUGCGACCCUGUGACAUCUCACGGAGCCUUAAGGUAUCUAACGGCUGUGUGAGUAAGAUCCUAGGACGCUACUACCGCACAGGAGUCUUGGAACCCAAGGGUAUUGGGGGAAGCAAACCACGUCUGGCCACACCUGCUGUGGUGGCUCGAAUUGCCCAGCUAAAGGAUGAGUAUCCAGCUCUUUUUGCCUGGGAGAUCCAACGCCAGCUUUGUGCUGAAGGGCUUUGUACCCAGGACAAGGCUCCCAGUGUAUCCUCUAUCAAUCGAGUCCUUCGGGCACUACAGGAAGACCAGAGGUUACACUGGACACAACUUAGAUCUCCAGCUGUUUUGGCUCCAGCUCUUCCUAGUCCCCACAGUAACUGUGAGGCUCCCCGAGGUCCCCACCCGGGGACCAGCCACAGGAAUCGGACUAUCUUCUCCCCGGGCCAAGCUGAGGCACUGGAGAAAGAGUUCCAGCGUGGGCAGUAUCCAGAUUCAGUUGUCCGUGGAAAGCUGGCUGCUGCCACCUCUCUGCCUGAAGACACAGUGAGGGUCUGGUUUUCCAACAGAAGAGCCAAAUGGCGCAGACAAGAGAAGUUGAAAUGGGAAACACAGAUGCCAGGUGCUUCUCAGGACCUGAUGGUACCAAAAGAUUCUCCAGGGAUCAUCUCUGCACAGCAGUCCCCUGGCAGUGUACCCUCAGCAGCCCUGCCUGUGCUGGAACAAUUGAAUCCUUCCUUCUGUCAGCUGUGCUGGGGGGCAGUACCAGACAGAUGUUCCAGUGACACCACAUCCCAAGCCUGUCUCCAACCCUACUGGGAAUGCCACUCCCUCCUUCCUGUGGCUUCUUCCUCAUACAUGGAAUUUGCCUGGCCCUGCCUCACCACCCAUCCUGUGCAUCAUCUGAUUGGAGGCCCAGGACAAGCGCCAUCAACCUAUUACUUACACUGGCCAUAAGAGGCCUCUACUUGGCAGUAAUAAAAACUUUUUCUAGAAGUUAA